AUGGGUUCACUAUCUCCAGCAUUGCGAACGGUGCGGGUGUCAGCUACUCAGCUGCCUAUUGGGCAAAUUGGCACAUCAUCUGCGAGUUAUGGCCGGCGCUUCUUCCAUGAAUCAAACAAAGACAAAGCCGUCGAAGCUGUAGCAGCUCACCAUGCUAUUCCGCAUCAUUUUAUACCACCACCAACUUUGCCAAAGCAUGAGAAGAUACCAGACUCAAGACAACUUCAAGUAGGAAGCCAUAUGUUCAAGCCAAGUUUUUACCAGGCCGUCGCAGAGGUCAUGAAGCUUCGGGAGCGCUAUCUUCGGGAACGAGCCAUUUUUGUACGGUCAAAAGAUAUGCUUCCCAUACUUCUCGGUCUGGGAGCCCACGAGGCAGACGUGGCCUCGCUGGCAUUUGUUAGCGACAGUCUGGAAGACGAUCCUACGCUACCAUUCCGCAAGUCACGAAAUAGUCGCUUCUGCUUAGACUUUGGGACACAGACAGUGCGUCGACUGGAGUACCAGCCGUUCAUGUUAUCCGAGGACGAAGAUUUCAAGAGACAUGAUUCGGGAAAACUGCGACACUUUAACGAGGUCCAGAACGAUCUUCAAUUAAACAGUGUAUUCCAGGCACUUCUUGUAUUUAAAGCCAUGGUCAUCAACGGCAUAUCAAUUAAACUGCGUCCUAACCUCGACUAUUCUAAGAACCAGUGGGUAUGCACGCUGUUUAACUUGCGCACAAUCACCACACCAGACAUUCUCGGUGAACCGGCGCUCGAAGGCGUUCACUCAGACGGUGUCGACCACACUAUGACGACGUUUCUUGGAUCUACAAACAUGACCUCUAACAGCGGCGCUACCUUUAUACACGACAUGGAUGAAACCACUGGGAUAUCGUUGCGGGAAACGUCUCCUCACAACAUUCUCGGCCGCAUACGACAUAGCUCUCUACUUGACACUCUUGUGGUAGUAGAUCACGAGCGCAAACAUAGUCUCACGGCGGUCUACCCCGAAGACAAGUCAAGAGUAGCCACCCGUGACAUGCUCAUCUUUUUUACGCGCCGGCCCUACAGCAGCACUCAUGUAGCUGCAUCCAUGGAUUCGCUAAGAUCCCAUUUACAGCUACCUAUGGAAGUUCCACUUUUUGAUCCAAGCCGUCGUUGA